GAAGGCCCGCGGCCGCCGCCGCCAUUUCGGGCGCUGCUGUGAGGCUGAGACCCGAGCCGGUCCGCUGGGCGGCGGGCGCCGGGGUUGGAGGGGCGCGCGCGGCGGCGGCGGCCCAGCGUGUAGGCGCGGAGGCGGCCAUGGCGGGCAACUUCGACUCGGAGGAGCGGAGUAGCUGGUACUGGGGGCGGCUGAGCCGGCAGGAGGCGGUGGCGCUGUUGCAGGGCCAGCGGCACGGGGUGUUCCUGGUGCGGGACUCGAGCACCAGCCCCGGGGACUAUGUGCUCAGCGUCUCCGAGAACUCGCGCGUCUCCCACUACAUCAUCAACAGCAGCGGCCCGCGCCCGCCGGUGCCACCGUCGCCCGCCCAGCCUCCGCCCGGGGUGAGCCCCUCCAGACUCCGAAUAGGAGAUCAAGAAUUUGAUUCAUUGCCUGCUUUACUGGAAUUCUACAAAAUACACUAUUUGGACACUACAACGUUGAUAGAACCAGUUUCCAGAUCCAGGCAGGGUAGUGGCGUGAUUCUCAGGCAGGAGGAGGCAGAGUAUGUACGAGCCCUCUUUGACUUUAAUGGGAAUGAUGAAGAAGAUCUUCCCUUUAAGAAAGGAGACAUCCUGAGAAUCCGGGAUAAGCCUGAAGAGCAGUGGUGGAAUGCGGAGGACAGCGAAGGCAAGAGGGGGAUGAUUCCAGUCCCUUACGUCGAGAAGUAUAGACCUGCCUCCGCCUCAGUAUCGGCUCUGAUUGGAGGUAACCAGGAGGGUUCCCACCCACAGCCACUGGGUGGGCCGGAGCCCGGGCCCUAUGCCCAACCCAGCGUCAACACUCCGCUCCCUAACCUCCAGAAUGGGCCCAUUUAUGCCAGGGUAAUCCAGAAGCGAGUCCCUAAUGCCUACGACAAGACAGCCUUGGCUUUGGAGGUCGGUGAGCUGGUAAAGGUUACGAAGAUUAAUGUGAGUGGUCAGUGGGAAGGGGAGUGUAAUGGCAAACGAGGUCACUUCCCAUUCACACAUGUCCGUCUGCUGGAUCAACAGAAUCCCGAUGAGGACUUCAGCUGAGUAUAGCUCAACAAACAGUUUUGCUGACAGAUGGGAACAAUCUUUUUUUUUUUUCUUUUUUCAAUUGCCAUCUAUACAAUUUUCUUACAGAUGUCAAAGCAGUCUAGUUUAUAUAAGCAUUCUGUUGCCUGUGAUCUUUUUUAGACUGAACUACUCCAUCCCAAGUCUCAUUUACCGUAUUCAGGGUACGAAACUGGAGGGCUUGUGUGUUAACUUCUGAAUUGGCAAUUUUAGGUGGUAGCAGCCUUGCCUGAGUAUAUCUGAAGGGAUAGUAUCUUGCCUUCUUUGUCUCAGGCAGUACAAAUCAACCUGUGGAAAACUGAUGGACAGGAGGGGAGUGUUGCACACUGCUUACCCUGAUUCAUUCAGUGGUUUUGUGUUCAUUCCAAAACCAUGCUAUCAAAUGGCAAUAGACUGUUCCCUCCCACCCCCAUGAAGUAAUCAUGCACCGUGUGAAUAGUACCCAGUGGGACUGCUUUUUCAUUUAUAGACCAUGACCAUUGUAUGACUCAUUCUGACAGUUCAAAUCCUGAGAAUUCUGAGGACACUACUAGAGGCAUUUGUCUUCCUUCCCAGUCAAUGCUUCAUACUUUUUCUUGGGAUUUUUUUUUUUUCAAGCCUUGUCAUUCUUUUCCCCAAAAACCUGAAAAUAUGUUAAUUCUCAAGAUAAGUGUUUAUUUUCAUUCCAGAUGAUAAGCAGGAUGUGCAGAGCACUUUAUUCAGUGCAUAGCUUUACGCCAGUAUUGGAUUCACUGCGUGGACAGCCAAACUCCCAGCUCUCUGCCUUCCCUCAAGGGGUCAUAGUAGGUUCACAUUGCUACUGCAGCUAAAUAGACUCCUGGCUAAUGGGAUCCAGCCAGGCCAUUCCUCCUGAGUGCCUGAGUGCCAGUAUCCUAUUAGGGGACUCUGUGGAAUUCUUAGCUUCUACUUGGAUUGGAAGGACCAAUCACUUAGAAUAUUCCAUAGAAGGUUGGGGGCCAAAUUCUGCCCUUUGCUUCAUGUACAACUUGUAUAAAAGUCAAGUUAAAAUUACCUGAGUUUUGGGAUAAGGUUAGCUGUUUGAAAAAUGAACCAAUCAUGAAUUACUUAUAUAUUAUUCAUUUCAUAUGGCCAGAAUAGUGCUCGAAGUACAUCACAUUAUAAACUGCCUUCAUUUUGGACUCUUUAUGUUCAAGUUUAGUUUACAAACCUAUUUAAGUAUGGAAUGAUUCAUAUGGAUCAGGUGCUCCAAAGAAUAGACUUCUGAGACCAAAAAUGACCUAGGCUAUUUAGACUACAAUAUGAAACUUUCAAAAUUAGUUCCUAGUCUAGAGGCACUUGCUGGUCUCUGGUGUGAUAUGACCAAUAGAAACACCUUGUUUUUUGCUUUGGGCCUCAUUUUAGAAAAGUAAUGUGUCUUUCUAAUUAUUUUGCAUAGGUUAAGAUUAAUUUGCAUUCUUUGAACAUACGCCAAAUCAUGGUAUCCCAGUGACUAGCACAAUGUCUGGCACAGUCAGAGUACAGGUGUUUUAGUGAGUGAAUGAGGGGUAUGCAGAAGUUCAUUAUAUGGCACAGGGAAGCCAGCUGGCACAGGAUUACAUACAUUACCACAAGCAAACUAAUGAGUUGACGCUAAUUUAAUAUAUUUUUACCUCACACUAAAGUAAUGCUUGAUAAAGACAUUAAUACUCGACUUUUAAAAUGUUAGCAAAGUGCUAUGCAUACAGUGGGUGCUCGAUAAUGUUGAAUGGACAGAUUUGUAAUACUAGACUUAAUUCCAUCUGACUAGUCUGUUAAAUUUUCAGUUAGGACAUAGAUACUGUAAAAUCCAAAUACACAUUAAAUCUCGUUUUCCUGAAAGUAUGACAUCUAAAAUAUUUGUAGAAAAGCUUUGUCACAACUGAUUUGAAUGUUUGUAUUUUCUUUUGCCUUUGACUUUGAUAUUGGCUUGUAAUGUCUCUUUUCAUCAUGUGUAAUAUUGGUGGAACAUGCAGCUCUACCCAAAUCAUAAGAAUUUUUCAAUGAUCUGUUGUCUAAAGCCGUUACAGGAACUGUUGGGUUGGAUUUGGCUGAGUGUGGCAGUUGUUGGACCUUAAGAAAUCAGAGGACUUCUUAUAAAUAUCUUCCAAAAGCAGAUGCUAGAAUUCUAUUCAAGUGCAUAUGUACAUUGUCACAGAGCAAAGUAAACUGAAAUUGGCUGCUAUAUUUUAUAUAAUAAUUUCUGCAAAAGCCCAUUUUUUUGGAUACUAAUAUUUGACAUGGUUAAUUCUUAUUAAUUUGUUGGAAUUGUUUAUUGUUAAUAAUGCAAAUAGAUAAUUUUUAAUUAUCCUUAAGUAACAUUUCACUAUUAAUGGUUUGAAAUGGGUGAUAAGCAAACCAAUUUGAAAUAAAAUAUGAACAUGUGCCAUUGUAUUAUAACACUAUACACUUUCUUGACAGUUAAAUUUAAGAAAAAAAAUGGUUUUUUUGUAGCAUGUAUUGUAUAUGUUUAUAGUAUAUGUAGUAAAUAAAAAUAUGGCCAAAUGUUUGGCUUGGUGAUCUUUUGAAGAAAGUAAUCUUUGAAUAUUUUUCACAAAAGAGCUAAAUGUUUUACGCCUAGGGAAUAAGAGUUGUGUGUACUCAACAGCUUGUAGUCAGUCAGAUUAUCAGAUAAAGAAGCAGUGAUACACACUCUGUGGGUACUCAUUAAAGAUGGGAUUAAUCAUUGAUGAUAUUUUGAAGGGUCUCCAGAAGUCAUAAAAUAUUAAUUUGAGGGGACUAUAAGAAGAGUGAUUGUAUGAUGAUUGGGAAGCUGGAAUGAUGUGAACAGAGAAUGUCAUACUCGCCCAGAAAUGGUUAUAUAUAGAUGUAAAGAAAAUAUGAAUGAGGGGGGAAGGCAUAUAGCUUAAGUGGUAGAGUACAUGCUUAGCAUGCACAAGGUCCUAGGUUCAAUCCCCAGUACUCCCUCUAAAAACAUAAAUAAAUAAACCUAAUUACCUCCCCCCCAAAUAAAUAAAUAAAGUUAAAAAAAAAUAUGAAUGAAUAUGGUAGGGGGCUUUGUAAAGCAAAUAAGGAAUGUGGAUGUUAUAGGUUUUUACAAUGUUAGUACAGAUACUCAGUGUAAUUCCUCCUUUUUUUUUUUUUUUAUAAGUAGCACUUUUUUAGGAUAGAUAAUUUAGGAAAUUUUAAAAAGGUUAAACAUUAUGUUCUUCCCAUCUUUUCUUAAAGCAUAUGUAUGUUUAGAUACAGCCACACAGUGUGUGAAUAUAUACACCUAAAAUGUUGACAUUAUACUCCAUAGUCUUAUGUCCUGUGGGUGAUGAAGUUUUAAAACGAAAAGGACAAGUUUUGCUAGUCAUUUAUACAGUAUUCUGCCUUGGACCCAAAACAAAACAUUUAGUUACUGCUGUAGACAUAGCAGAAUAUCAACCCAGAGUUAAAUAAGGGAAACUACUGCAAAGGGAGCCAGCUUCGGCAUACACACACUUAACAGCCAGGUGAUUAAAGUAUGUUUCCACUUUUUAUCAGUAAGAGAUAAACUCCCAAAAUCUUGAGAUAAUUUGAGUGUUGGGUUGCUUUACAUAGCCUGGAGUGCUCACACCAGCUCUUACAUUUUAUGCCCUGAUCUUCAGAUUAAGUUCUGUUCCUUUUAAAGAUAUGAAGAAAGAAGUGGCUCCAUCCAUAGCUUAAAAUAUGAAAAUAGCCCUCCAAAGUUUGGAAGGAGGAGGCUAAGAAUUUGGAACUCUGCUGCCACGCAUAACGUGAAGAAAAAGAAACGGGGAGGUAAAGUUGGCGGCAGGGAACAAGAAGAGCUAGCCAUUAAGAAGUGAGGUUUGAAAGGAGCAGGGGUUUAAGGAUUCUCUAGGGAUACAGGUUGAAAGCAAGCUUAACUUGGCUUCUCCUUAACUCCAGUUUAUUCUUGGUUCCAGCUUAAAUGUCACUUUCUCAGAGAUACUUUCUCUAAACCCCUAAAUGCAGUUUAUAAUCAUCAUAUUCACCUUCACAAAUUGUAAUUAGCAGAUUGUAAUUAUCUAUUUCUGUGAUGAUUUCGUUCCACUUGCUCUGUUAAGACUAUAGAUCAGUUCCAUCAGGGCAGGAGCCACAUCUCAUUUGUUCAUCAUUCUGUCUCCAGAGCCUGGUUCAUAGCAGGCAAUACAUUUUUUUGUUUGAAUGUUUUCCUUAGCAGGGUUUGAGUCUGGGGAAUAGGAACCCAACUGGUUACCUCUCAGCUGUUCCCAGCAUCUCCGAUCUUGUGUAUGCUCAAAGACUGUAGGUUCAUUUUAAUAUUGGUCAGAGUAAAACCCAUUUCCAGAGGUCUUUCUGUUGUGGAAACGUGACAUGCUUGACAAAGCCCGGUCUCAAGGGUUUGGAUGCUUUCCUGUACUUUGCCUUUUCCAUAGAAGGGGAGGUAACAGUCACUUAGAGGGGAGCUAUAUCCAUACAAUGAAGUUUAUCCACUGGUUGUAUCUAAAUUUCUAGUUUUAGCAAUAUUUUCAAAAAAGCUGAAUUCCAUUAACAAAAAUGUCAAGAUUAUGUCCAAAUUAUUUUGUUCUAAAAUACCAGUUGUAAUGGAAGUAGCUUAAUAUAUCCUAAACAAUAUUCAAAGUAAUUUUUCCUUAUCUGUUAUUAUUUAGGUUUUUCAAUAACAGACCUCAGAGGCAGCAACUCAAGGAAGCACCUCAAAGGGGAAGGGUCUUCAUGAAUUCUCUCUUUGCAUUUAUGGUAAAGGAUAUGACCCCAUUCUGAUGUCAAAAUAGUUUGAAAGUAAAGAGGAAAUCGACCUGAGUCUGGGGCCCUAAUCCUUUUCUGAGCCUUGUGAUACAACGAGAAAAAAGGAGACAGCCAGAUCCCAUCCCCAAAAAAGAGUAACAAGAGGAAGUGUCUUAUUUAAAUUCUUUGGCCACAUCUUUUCUCCCACUAGAAUCAAGCUCUUUAUCUACUUUCACUUUUUCUUUUGAAAAAGAAAUUGUCCCAGUUUCUUAUUUCCCUUCUUAGGCAUGCCUGUGGGAUUAGGUUUAUGGCUGAACCACCAGGUAGUUGCUUCUUGUUCCUUAGCAAGCUUAGCCUUAUGAUAAAGGGCAGUCUUUUUUUGUUGUCAUGGCAAUAGAUUUACAUAAGCAAGAACUGGGAGAAAACACUUGUUUGGAAGAAUUUGUGGUAAAUUUCAUUGUAAUGAAAAGAUAAAGUACCAACUUGGUGGGCUAGCAGCUAGAAUUUGAAGCAACAGAAUGGACUUUUCCUAUUCCUUUUAGUGAGAUCUAUUUGAUAGGUACCACAUUUGGCUAUCUAAAAAAUGUAAUGAUCCUUAGUUCUGUCCUUAAUCACAUUUUCAGUAGCAAUUAGGAUAUAGUAUAUAUGUGGGUGCCUGUUCUUCUAAAGCAGAGAUUGUCCAGAAUCUUGAUCCCUAGGGGAUCCACAGAUAAACUCAAGGAGUGUGACAGAGAUUGCUUACUCAAAUCCAUGUUCAUUUCUUCCUGCACACACAAGGUUUCCCAGACUCCCUUUCAUUACAUAUGACCAUGUAUCUGAGUUCAGCCAAUGGACUGUGUGCAGAAGUGCCUGCACCACUUUCAGGCCUGGCUUAUAGAAACAUCCCACAGGUGCUGCUCCAUGCUUUUCCUUUCCAUCAGGCUGGAAUGAUGAUGACACCCAGGGCAGAGCCUUCAUCCACCUGAACCCAAAGUGACUACAUGGAGAAGGGCCUCUUCGGCUUGGUGACCAGCUUAACUAGUAAGAAAUAUAAACUUGUUCAGCCAUAUGUGUUUUUUGCUUGUGGAAAGGUAAUUAGGUUUAUGUAUUUAUUUAAUUAAUGGAGGUACUGGGGGAUUGAAUCCAGGACCUCGUGCAUGCUAAGCAGGCACUCCAGCACUGAGCUAUACUCUCCCCCCUCAACUGUACGUUUUUAAGGUCUAAUAGUAGUUAGCCUACUCUAAUACAAGGGAUUUGAUUUGGAUAUGUGAGAGGUUGACCACCUGGCAGGUUAUUAUGACUAUAUGAUGCCAAAGUUUUGUAGAAGUCAAUAAGAUUCUUCAGGCACUUCAGAUAACCAACAAAUAAUUUUCAGUGUAUGUCCUGUGUAAUACCUGAAAUUGAAAUUUAACUGGGCAUCCUGUAUUUUUAUUUGCUAAAUCUGGCAACUCUCUAUCCCUGGUUUCCCUUUUAGAGAAACACUGCUGCAGGGCUGCUGCUCUUUCCUCCAGGGGAACUGAAUUCUGCAGCAAAAACAGUCCAUACCAGGACAGCUAGCGCCAACCAGCUCAUUCCAUAGCUCACAUGCUUCUCAUCUUUGCUAAUUGCCCCCAAGUGUCAGUCCCCUUAGUCACCUAUCAUUUUGUUACUGGCCUACUUAAGCUGUACUGGGUCUUCUUUGACCACACAUCACCCAUUUUUGGACUUUACUCCAUCUUUGAAACUUUUGCCAUCUUGUUACACUCCCUACCCUCUUACUAUCACCAACCAAAUUGCUUCUCAUUUAGUGAAGACUUUUGACACUUGGUUCACAGUAUUUCUUCUUGCCAAGUCUGCUGUCAUCAGGGGUUACCCAUUCAUCACCUUGGCUUCUCAUUUUUUUGACCACCUCAAAUCCAUUGUCUUAUACUGGUACAUCCCCAACAUCUUAAACAUCUUACUCUUUGACCACUGCCUUCUAGCCUUCCAGUUCUCUCACUGUUUUCCCAAAGCCCUUGUUCUUCCAUUUCAGAGCUCCUUCUAGUCCCUAAAUUCCUCAACUAUCAGCCAUCUACUAUCCUUUUUUUCUCCAAGUUAGAUAAUGAAUAAAUACAUAAUAUAUUAUCAGGUCUUAGAUAGACCCAACUGCCUCUGAUCAGCUCCAUUUGGAUGUCCCGAAGGCACCUCAAACUCAAUAGAUUCUAAACUGAAUUCAUCAUCCCUUCCCCCAUCUGCCCCUUAUCUACACUCCCUGUCUCAGAUUCUAUCACCAUUUGGCCAAGCCUAAAAUCUGGGGACCAUCCUUCAUUCCUUCCUCUCAUUCAUCAUCCCAUUUCUAGUCAUGUACCAAGUCCUAACUCCUGAACAUCAGAAAUCUGUCCACUUAUCUCCAUCCCCACUGCUUUUGCCUUAGUUCAUAGUGCCAACGUCUCUCAACUGGAUGACCUCAACAGCCACCUAGCUGCUCUCUCAGGUCUAGUUUUAGCCUCUCCAAUCCCUCUGUCAUGUUGCAGCCCUAGUGAGCUUUCUGUGACUCAUAUUUGAUUGUAUUCUCCUUCAGCAGGUAUCUAAACUCCUUGCAAAGGGAAACAGCUCCUUGUGUUCCAAUUCCUGCUCCUCCCUCCAGCCUCACCUCUCCUUACUUUCCCUGCUGUACUCUGGGCUGUAGCCAUAUGGAAUUUCUUGUCCUUUCUUUACCUGACCCUACCUGAUCACCCCUCCAGGGUUUUGAACAGUCUGUACCUCUAUCUGACUCACCUUCUCCCUCACCUUCUUAUCUAACACUCUAAUUUGGGUUAGGUAUCUGUUCCAUGUCCUCUCCUGGCAAUAAGUGCUUCUAUUUGUCACACUGAACUGAAAUUGCCUGUGCAUGUGUUGGUCACAAGACUAAGACUGCUUGUUGUAUUUCCAGCACCUAGCCCUGCUUGACACACAGCAGAUACCCAGGGUGUGUAUUUUGAACGAAAGAAUGAAAAACAGAAUAGCUGGGCUAGAGGUCAUCAAAAGCCAGGUGGGAGUGGUGGGUAGUAAUAAUCCUAGGGACUUAAGAAAGUUAUAGUAUCGGUUAGCUUUUGCUGUAAAAUAAAUCACAUACUUAGUAGCUUAAAACAAUCAUUUAUCUUAUAAUUCUACAGCUCAGCAAUUUGCGUUGGAUUCUGCUGGGUGGUUUUUCUGGUCUGGGCUGGUCUCACGUGUCUGAGGUCAGCUUCUGGUUGGCUGGGGAUUGGCUGGUCUUGGAUGUCCCUCAGAUGACAGAGUUUUUCUCUGUUUCGUGUGAUCUUUCAUCCUCCAGCAGGGUAGCCUGGACUGGUUCUCGGCUAUUGACAGGGUUCCUGGACAAGGCCUCUUAAGGCCUGGCCUUAGAAAUGACAGUGUCAAUUCCACUGCAUUCUGUUUUGCUCAAAGUGAGUCUCAAGGCCAGCUCAGAUGCAAGGAGUGAAGAAAUAGACUCUACCUCUUGAUGGGAGAUGCUGUAAAGUCAUACCAAAGGGAUGUGGAUAUAGGAAGAGUGAAGGAUGGUGGCCAUUUUUGCGAUCUAUACAACUACUCCAUAAUAAGCAAAAAAACUGACUAAAAUGUGUGAAGAGGCACAGAUUACUAUGAAGCAUCAUGAUGAGUCAAUAUCCAAAUGUUCAUAAUUUUUCUUCAUUUUAUUUUGUAACUUGAACAAUUUGCAUGUGUAAUCAUGAUUUUUAGUACCUGACAAAGUAGGUGUUUGGAACUGGGCCACAAGGACUGUUUAAGAAGAAAGGCACUUGGAAAAAUAUCACUGAGAAUGAAGACUCUGACAGUAAGCUUCAUAAGGGAAAGGGUUGUGUCCACUUUACUAACUUUUAUCUAUAGCAUCUCACAUGAUUAGCACAUGGAAGACACAGCAAAUAUCUGUCAAAGGAAUGAUGGUAAAUCUCCAUUUACUGUUGUAAAGGAGAGCUGAAUGCCUUUUCUUACUAGCCGUGUUGCUGCAUGUGGAUGUGCAGGUUAUGCCCUUUCCGAGUGAAGCUGAAAUCCAACCUGCACUGUGCUAUCCAAGAAGCAGCGUUGGUCCCCGGCUUUGCCUGCAGGGUGCAUCAUUUUAAAUUCAAAGACACAUUUUGCUUGCUAAGCACUGAGCCCCUAGGGCUGCAUCUGUGUGGAAAGGGCACCUAUUUUACAAGUCUCACAAAAGUUCCCUGUGGGUGAGCAGGGCCCUGAUACUCAAUACGGUAGCAGAAGACUGGUUACUGAGGCAUAUGAGAUGGCACAAAAUGCACAAAGCAAGAAAGUAAAGAAAGCGCAAAAUACUGUUCUUAUAAAUGGAUCAGGAUAAAUGAAUGAGAGAUUGAGAGAAACAGGAGCAAGAAGAAAACAAAAACUUAGCUUAAUACAUCUGAACUGAAUUCAGAAACCAACUGAGAGUUAACAGACCAGAACAGUGAAGCACACAAAAUAUGAUUUGUUUCUAUAAAAGGCAAAUCUAUAGAGACAGAAAAUAGAUUAAUGGUUGCCUGGGGCUGAGAGUAGGAAUGGAGAUUGACUGUAAAUGGGUUCAGUUUCAUUUUAAUGUGAUGGAAAUGUUCUAAAAUUAGAUUGUGGCAAUGAUUUUACAACUCUGUAAAUACACAAAAAUUCAUUGAAUUGUAUGCUUAAAAUGGGUGGAUUGUAUGGUAUGUAAGUUAUAUCUCAAUAAAGCCACUUAAAAACA